AAAAAAAAAAAAAAAAAACCAGCCUAGGACUUGCUUCGGAUCAACCCAAACCAACGAAAGCCACUUCAUCAUAACAACCUCCGAUUCAUUUCAUCGCCGGAGACUCAUCUUCCGCCUACACCGCCGAACACCGCACACGGCGGCGAAAAACCUUCAACAACCAUCAAGAUCGAAAUUCACCGAUGAACCGCCUCCAAACACUGCCACUACCCUCUCACCUCUCCCACUCCGCACUCACCUUCCUCGACCACAACUUCCACACCGCAACCGUCCUCACCGAGUCUCCCAAUUUCGUCGCCGAGCUUCAAACUCAGUGCUCCGAGUUGGAUCGCGCUCUUGAUGACUUGACUCGGAGACUCGGUGCGGGUCUUGCGAAGUACGCUUCGUUUUCCGGCGAAAUUCAUAGUCUCUUCGAUGGUGUCAAAUUCAAAUUGAAUGAAAUUUCCGCUACGUGCUCUUCUAGCAUUGUGCCAGAUGGAGGAAGAUGUGAAGGUGAUGGAAAAGGUGAGAAAGGUUUUAGAGAAGAACUUGCGACUUUGGCAAAGGAAGUUGCUAGGUUGGAAACUGUUCGUGUUUAUGCAGAGACAGCACUGAAACUUGAUACAUUGGUUGGUGAUAUUGAAGAUGCUGUAUCGUAUACCAUGAGUAAUAAAAACAUAAGGAAGCAUUCUUCUGACGAGAAUUCAGGAGAUAUGCGUCUAUUUGCUAUUAAAAAACUUAAAAUGACAGAAGAAACAUUGACUUCAAUUACAAAUAUACACCCUCAAUGGAGGAAUCUUGUAUCAGCAGUUGACCAUAGAGUAGAUCGAGCUCUAGCCAUUUUAAGACCCCAGGCAAUCGCUGAUCAUCGGGCACUUCUAUCUUCGCUUGGAUGGCCCCCACCUCUUUCGGCUUUAACAUCCUCACACUCAGAUGCAAGGAUUGCAAAUCCUCUACAAAGCAUGCACGCUGAUCAUAAGCUCAGGUACUCAGAAAAUUUCCUUGCUUUGUGCAACCUACAGGAGUUGCAAAGGAAAAGGAAAUCUAGACAGCUUGUGGGCCAUGAUAGGGAGAUUGCCCUACGACAACCACUUUGGGCAAUUGAAGAGCUUGUGAAUCCCCUAUCAUUGGCUUCUGAAAAGCAUUUCUCAAAAUGGGUUGAUAAACCAGAAUUUAUUUUUACACUUGUGUAUAAGAUCACAAGGGAUUAUGUUGACUCUGUGGAUGAAAUGUUACAGCCAUUGGUUGAUGAAGCUAAGGUAGUUGGAUAUAGUUGCCGAGAAGAAUGGAUCUCAGCAAUGGUAACCUCCUUAUCCACAUACUUGGCAAAGGAAAUUUUCCCUAGUUAUAUUACUCAACUAGAAGAGGAGAGUAUUACAGGUAUUCAGUCAUCUUCUAGAAUAUCAUGGCUGCACCUCAUUGACUUGAUGAUAGCUUUUGACAAAAAGAUUAUGUCUUUGGUAGAAAAUUCUGGGGUUUUGCUAUCUUUAGAUGAUGAUAUCUUGCAGCGAAUUUCUUCUCUAUCUGUAUUUUGUGAUCGUCCAGAUUGGCUUGAUUUGUGGGCAGAAAUAGAGCUAGGUGAUGCCCUAGAUAAGUUAAAACCAGACAUUGAAAAUGAGAAUAAUUGGAGAAAGAAAAUUGAAAGUGUAGCUCUUUCAUCAAAUAUUGAUGAUCACAAGUCUCCUCUAGUUUCCAGUGCCUUUGUUCGCCAUCUAGCGUCUGUUGUUGAACGUUGUCGGUCAUUGCCUAAUGUUACUUUGCGGUCAAAAUUUCUCAGAUUAGUAGGUGUGCCUAUUAUAAGAAAAUUUUCUGAUUCCAUACUAGUCCGUUGCCAAGAAGCUGAAGGGUUGACUGCUCUAACUGAUAAUGAUGCUUUAACUAAAGUUGCAAUUUCCAUCAAUGCCGCUCAUUACUUUGAAUCUGUUUUAAACGAAUGGUCUGAAGAUGUCUUUUUCCUUGAGAUGGGGGUGGACGAGGAAGACAAAGUGGAAUUACCGAGUAAUUCAAACAGGGAUAGUGAAGGGUGGCCAGAGAGUUCCAAUAGAGUUAUCUUUGACGAUGAAAUCAAAAAGUUGGAAGAGUUUAGAACAGAGUGGGUUGAAAAGAUAGCUGUAGUUAUUUUGAGAGGAUUUGAUGCUCGUUCUCGAGAAUAUUUGAAGAACAAAAAGCAAUGGCAGAAGAGUGAAGAAGGUUGGACAGUGUCUAAGACUCUAAUAGAGGCCUUGGAUUAUCUGCAAGGUAAAAUGGCAGUGGUGGAAGAAGGUUUGAAUAGCAGGGAUUUUGUUGGGGUUUGGAGAAGUUUGGCUGCAGGAAUAGAUCGGUUAAUUUUUAAUGGUAUUCUCCUAAGCAAUGCAAAAUUUCAUAAUAGUGGCGUUGAAAGAUUUGGUAGUGACUUGGAUGUUUUAUUUGGGGUAUUUGGGUCAUGGUGUUUGAGACCGGAAGGUUUUUUCCCUAAUACAAUUGAAGGUCUUAAGUUGUUGAAGAUGGAUGAAAAGAGAGUGCAAGAAUGUAUGACAGGGGGAAAGAGACGGUUGAAGGAGAAUGGGAUCAGACAUUUAAGUGUAUCUGAAGCAGAAAAGAUUUUGAAGAAUAGAGUAUUCGCGAGUUGAAGCGUUUAGUUUUACUGUUUUUUACACAUGCAGAGUAGAGAUUGCGUAAGGAAGUGUGAAAAUGUAGAGGGAGAAUACUCUAGACCAGCUGCACAAAUUCAAUUUUGCAAAUUUGCAAUAAAAUAUAUUCUUCAUUUAAAAUAUGUCUGGUCAUUGCCUUAUAAAUCAAAUCUGAGACAUGAUUGAUAUACUAUUUCUUGAUGCCUUUUAUACAUUUAUACUGUAAAUUUGCCAUGAGGAUUGUGUAAAACUAUUCUCCCAAUUCAUGUAAUUUAUCAUUCUUUUAAACUGGAAUUUGAAUUUUGAGAUCAAUCUGGGAAUUGUGAUA